UUGCUAUGACAUUAUAAUAGUAAUUUGCUUCAAGUGUCCUGUGGAGCCACACAGACAGACAGAUUUGCAAGUUAACUCGCAAAAGCUAUUCACCUAGCCAACCACCAUGUUGAGAUCACUAUUUUUCACAUUUCUAUUUGGUUCAGCAGUUAAAGAAGGUUAUGGAAAAAAUCUGGUGUGGGAUGUGACCCCUGGAGGUGUUGGGAUAGUGGGAGGUCACGACGUGGACAUCAAGCAGUACCCUCAUCAGGUCAGCGUGUUGGUAUACAUCAAUGGAGAAAAUCACCUUCGCUGUGGAGGAUCCAUCAUUGGUGAAGAAUACGUGUUGACUUCGUUUGCUUGUGUUUCGGGAAUUGAAUCAGAAAAGUUAAAAAUUCGAGCCGGCAGUAAUUUCGCUAUGAAAGAUGGUGACGUUUAUGACGUGUUAUCUGUUGUUUAUCAUCCAAAGCUAGAUGUAAACACCAUGGAUUAUGCUGUCGCUGUGAUCAAAACUAAAAAGAUGUCUCUUAAUGGAGAUACAGCUAAAGCUGCGCAGUUACCUGAGAGUGGCAGUAAACUAAAACCAGGAGAUAAUGUGGUAUCCACUGGAUUUGGAUUGGUUGCUGUGAAUGGUGAGGUGUCAAAGAAUCUACAGGCUGUGUCAAUACCAGUAGUGGACCUGGAGAAAUGUAUAAAUUUUAUGAAACAAUUCGAUCUAUUAGUAACUGAACGAAUGUUUUGUGUCGGCUUCGGGAAGUCUGGGGGGAGCCCGUGUGAUGGAGACGUGGGAGGCCCAGCAGUCAGUGAAUCAGACUCUAAGCUGUAUGGUGUACAUCUGUUCGGUGGUUGGUGUAACACCACUGAGAUACCAGCAGUGCACGCCGACAUCACGGUCCUUCGGGAUUGGAUCAAAGAAACCACUGGGAUAUAAAGUUUAAGAACCAUAGAAUAGGCUGUACAAAUCAUUUUAAAAAGCACUUUCUUUAUAACUAAUGAUUAAAUUAUCAUAAUACAAA